GGUAGGUUCAGCGUACCAUUUCCCCAACCAAUUUCGCAUACCAGCAAAUAUGGAUCUCCUCCUCCUGGAGAAGACUCUUCUGGCCCUGUUCUUCGCUGCGGUUCUGGCCACUGUCAUCUCCAAACUCCGAGGCAAGCGCUUCAAACUCCCACCCGGACCCAUCCCCGUACCCGUAUUUGGAAACUGGCUCCAAGUCGGCGAUGACUUGAACCACCGUAACCUCACCGACUUGGCCAAAAAGUUCGGGGACAUACUUUUACUCCGAAUGGGGCAGCGCAAUCUGGUGGUGGUGUCUUCGCCGGAUUUGGCAAAGGAGGUUCUCCACACGCAGGGAGUGGAGUUCGGGUCCAGAACUCGGAACGUGGUGUUCGACAUCUUCACGGGUAAGGGACAGGACAUGGUGUUUACGGUGUACGGAGAACACUGGCGGAAGAUGCGAAGGAUCAUGACGGUGCCUUUUUUCACGAACAAGGUGGUGCAGCAGUACAGGUACGGGUGGGAGGAAGAGGCGGCACGCGUGGUGGAGGAUGUAAAGAAGAACCCGGAGGCGGCGACGAGUGGGAUCGUGUUGAGAAAGCGGUUGCAGCUGAUGAUGUACAACAACAUGUACAGGAUCAUGUUCGACAGCAGGUUCGAGAGCGAAGAUGAUCCAUUGUUUGUGAGGCUCAAGGCUUUGAACGGGGAAAGAAGCAGAUUAGCUCAGAGCUUCGAUUACAAUUAUGGGGAUUUCAUUCCCAUCCUCAGACCAUUCCUGAGAGGCUACUUGAAGAUCUGUAAGGAGGUCAAAGAGCGACGGUUGCAGCUCUUCAAGGACCAUUUUGUUGAGGAUAGAAAGAAAAUGGCGAGCACUAAAAGUAUGAGCAACGAAGGAUUGAAAUGCGCCAUCGAUCAUAUAUUGGAUGCUCAGCAGAAAGGGGAGAUCAAUGAAGACAACGUUCUUUACAUUGUAGAAAAUAUCAACGUUGCUGCAAUUGAAACCACACUAUGGUCGAUCGAGUGGGCAAUUGCGGAACUGGUAAACCACCCCCGCAUCCAGAAGAAGCUUCGGGAUGAACUGGACUCCGUGCUGGGAGUGGGGCACCAAAUCACCGAGCCUGACACCCACAAGCUUCCCUACCUCCAGGCUGUAAUCAAGGAGACUCUGAGGCUCCGCAUGGCUAUCCCUCUCCUGGUGCCACACAUGAACCUCCACGAUGCAAAGCUGGGGGGUUACGACAUUCGAGCGGAGAGCAAAAUAUUGGUGAACGCGUGGUGGCUGGCGAACAAUCCUGCUCACUGGAAGAAUCCGGAAGAGUUCAGGCCAGAGAGGUUUUUCGAAGAGGAGUCAAAGGUGGAGGCCAACGGGAAUGACUUCCGGUACCUACCAUUCGGUGUUGGAAGGAGGAGCUGCCCCGGAAUCAUCCUGGCACUUCCCAUCCUAGGUAUAACCGUUGGUCGUCUGGUGCAGAACUUUGAACUGCUGCCUCCACCAGGACAAUCCAAGGUGGAUACCGCAGAGAAGGGAGGCCAAUUCAGUUUGCAUAUUUUGAAGCAUUCCACUAUUGUUGCAAAGCCAAGGUCCUUUUAAUUACCUAUUGUACUACUUCCUCCCACUAUAUUUAAGUUUGUGAUCAGGAAGACAGACUUUGCACGAAUAUUAAUUUUGAAAGCAAAAUUAAUGAUCCAUGGGUGUGAGUAAUUAAUUAAUUAAAUUGUGAUGAAUUGAGAAUUCAUUUGAUCAUUCAAUUAGGUAAAUAAGUUUGUUGUAGUAUGUACAUUCAGAUACUACAGUAGCUAUACAUACUACUCCUGCUAGGCUACUCCUAUAUAUAUAUAUAUGUACUACCACACAAUAAAUCUUUGAUACUAAA